AUGGAAAUCGAAGACAAGAAGCAAGAGUUUCUAAUCCUGCGACAGAGUAAUAUGUCAGUUAUAGAUUACGAGAGGGAAUUUUUGAGACUUAGCAGAUAUGCCUCCGAGUUUAUUUCGACAGAAUCUGACAACUGUAAAAGAUUCUUACGUGGGUUAAGAGAGGAAAUAAAACUACAAUUAGUAUCUCAGCGAAUCACUGAAUUUGUUGAUUUAAUUGAGCGGGCCAACAUUGUUGAGCAAGUCUUAGGACUUGACAAAAAAUCCAAAACUUCUAAAUUGGUUGGGAAACGUAUGGGAACUAAUAAAACUUUUCCGGUUGACUUGUUGACUAUGCCAUUUGAGGAUUUUGAAAUAAUACUGGGAAUAGAUUGGUUAUUUGAACAUGGAGUGGUUUUGGACUGCUAUAAAAAGAGAUUCAGCAUUCAGACAGAAAGUGAAGGUCGAGUUGAAUUGAAAGCCAGUGCGGUAAAAUUCGGGCAGUUUGUGAGUUUCCUGGUGUAUUUCCUGAAGAAUUACCGGGUUGGAAAGAUACGGUGGAUCGAGCUUUUAAAAGAUUAUGAUUGUAUCAUAGACUAUCAUCCAAGAAAAACUAAUGUAGUGGCUGACACUUUGAGUAGAAAAGCCACAAUUGAUUUGAGAGCAAUGUUUGCACGACUCAGUAUCUGUGAUGAUAGGAGUUUGAUAGCUGAAUUGAGAGUUAAACCAAUGAUGUUCAACCAGAUUAAAUCAGCUCAAUUGAAAGAUGCCAAAUUGUUGAAGAAAAGAGAGAUGAUACAGACUGGUAGGUAG